GUUACAGCUCUUUACACUGUAACCCUUUGCGCUAAGCAUGCAGGAGCAAGCAUUCCGGCAGGCUGCUUUCUGCAGCUGAGGAGACAACAUUCAUAGACUUCCUUUGAUUAGGACAUGUCACUGUUGUCAGGGCAACUGUUAACGGUGGCGUAUCGUAUUUUUUCCUCCUGUGUUGCGUGCUGAAUAUUUUAGUGUGCUGUAACUGCAAGAAGCUUGGGGAAGAGGUACUGCUGCAGAAAGGAGAAGCUGCGGGCUGGGAUCUGAUUGAACAGGUUAAAGCAGCGAAGAGAGGCAUCCAAACCAAUGUGCCUUUAAUUAGGGCUUUUCUCAAAGGUGGAUGAAAUUGCAGGCCCUCUGCUGCCAAGUGGAUGUUGGUAUUUGUCAGCUGUUUGCAUACUGCUUACCGAUAGAGGAUCUAUUACAAGUGCUCAAAUGAAAGGGCAGGUCUGCAGCUAGCUGCUACACAGGCACUGCAGUUUCUUAAAUAUAUAUAUUGUAAUAAGCAAGUGAUAGCAUAAACAUGCCUGGGGCAGCUACUGCUAUCAGACAAGAGAGACUGAAGAAGACAAAUGCAAGGACAAGUCCCCCUGGUUUAUUCACCAUUAACGAAGAAGAUGAGCAGCAAAAGAAUGGAAAUUCCAAAAGACUGAAAGCGUCAGAAGACUCUAAAGUGCAAGACAAGAAAGCUGCUUCUUCCAGCCAUCCCACUUCUGCUGCUUCAGGGCAAAGCCCCAACAACUCUGCAGCAAAAGCAGACCAUCCACCUGUACUAAAAGUUGAUGACAGACAACGGCUUGCUAGGAUACGGAGAGAGGAACUGGAAAAGCAGUUAGCUGCAAGAGAAUCACUCUGGUUAGAAAAAGAAGAGAGGGCACGGCAGCAUUAUGAAAAACACCUGGAGGAACGCAAAAAGAAGUUAGAAGAACAGAGGCUAAAAGAAGAGAAAAGACGAGCUGCAGUAGAGGAAAAACGAAAGCAGAGAAUAGAAGAGGACAAGGAACGACAUGAAGCUGUCGUACGCCGUACAAUCGAGAGGAGCCAGAAGCCCAAACAAAAGCAAAACAGGUGGUCCUGGGGAGGACCCAUUCAUAGAAGCAGCAGCGUUAAUAAUACAGAUCCAGACAGGAGGUCUGUUUCAACAAUGAACCUCUCGAAACAUGUUGAUCCAGUCAUUAACAAGCGGCUCUCCUCUUCAUCUGCAACAUUACUAAAUUCUCCAGACAGAGCUCGCCGUCUAAAUCUCAGUCCAUUGGAGAAGAGCAUUGUUAGCAGACUGCUGAUGCCCACACAUUCAUUCCUGGCCAGAAGUAAAAGCACAGCUGCCUUGUCUGGAGAUGCAGUUAUCCCCAUUUGUCCUCGUUCAGCAUCUUGCAGCCCCAUCAGUCCCCUGUCCUACAAGGCCAUGAACUGUAGAAAUCCAGCAGACCGACCAAAAUUCUUUGACACAACAACUGGACGUAGGAGGACCACGCACUCAGCAGGGACUGACAAAAAAGAAAAGGACCUCUCCUCCAGUGUAAAGAGACUUCACUCUCCUUCCAAUCCCAAAAUUAGAUCACUAGCGCUCUCCCCAGUUUGGCAUGCAUCCAAGUCCAUGCCUUUUUUGCCUGGCACCCCCAAACAGAUAACCUCGCCACCUGGCUCUUCCAAAGUGCCCUCCUCUCAGACCCGACCUCCCUCCCCAGGCAAUAUCCGACCAAUCAAAAAAGAGCUGAAACCAGAUAGUCAGAAAAAAGGACCAGAAAAGGAGCCUAAGAAGGCAGCUGAGGAACAGACAGAAGAGGGUAAAGCAAUUUCAGCAAGUGCUGGAGAAUCUGCAGGGGAAGGUUUCUCUGUCAAAUUAGAGCCGGCUCAAGUAGCUGCUCCUGCUUUGCCCCCUGCUCCACCAGCAACUUCACCAUCCCCUGUUUCUAGCAAGGCUUCGGCAGGUACUACUGACCCAGAAGAAGCAACAAGACUGCUUACUGAAAAGAGGCGGCUGGCCCGUGAGCAGCGAGAACGGGAGGAGCAAGAAAGGAAGGAGAGGGAAGAGACUGAAAGGCUAAAGAAGGAGGCGUUGUCGCAGAAGAUAGCUGAAGAGAGAGCUCGCCGGGAGGAGGAGGAGGCUCGCAGGCAAGAGGCGGAGAGAAAGCGAAGGGAGGUAGAGCAGGAGCGAGAAAAGGAAGAAGAGUUACGCCGGCAGACAGAAGAAAGAGACCAGAAAGAGAAGGAGGAGAUGGAGCGCAUUCAGAAACAAAAAGAAGAAGCAGCUCGCCAGAGUGAAGAGGCAGAGCGGAUUCGGUUAGAGCGUGAAAAGCGUUCCCAAAGAGAAGAACAAGAGCGCUUAGAAAGGAAGAAGCGACUUGAGGAGAUCAUGAGACGAACUAGGCGCACAGAAGCUGUAGAUAAGAAAUCUAAUGAACAGCAAAAUGGAGAGAUAUCUAAGGCAAAUGUUACUGGAGAAACAGCAACCAGUCCCACAUCUCCCUUAGAAUCUGUAGUGGCAUCUCAGCUUCAACAUGUGACAGAAUCACCACACAAUGGGGAAUCAGUGACCCACUCACAGAUAGUCAUUUCACAUCAACCAACAGUAAAUAUGGACAGUAAUCUCAAUCCUGGAAAAGAACCAAAUGAAAAUGGAGUGUCUAUGCAGAAUGACAACUUUGAAGAGAUCAUAAACUUACCCAUUGGAUCUAAACCAUCCACAUUGGAUGCCUUGAACAAUGAUGGAAGCAAUAGCCCUGAAAUUCCUUUGAAUCCAAUUUUAGCCUUUGAAGAUAAGGGGACUCUGGGGCCAUUGCCUCAGGUAGAUAGUGUUCAAACACCUCAAACAGCAGAAGUUAUCUGACCAUUUCUUCUGAAGAGCCAAAGAUGAAGUAAGCAUCUCUGCUGCCUAUGGAGUUCCUUCCAUGCUAUGAAGGACUGUUUUACUUUCUCUCUCCAGUUUUCUAAAAAAAAAAGAAUGUGGAUAUCUUUUUUGAAAGGACCUUAGGAAAACCAGCAGAAGAAGAGAUGGAGACUAGACAUGGAUUAUCUUUCUAUCUAAUAGUUUUCACCAUUAGAAAAUCAUGCUUCACGUGCAUUACUUAAAAUGGCUUUUUUUCCAACAAGCUCCUUUUCGCAAAUCAAUAUUUUCUGCAUUCUUCAAGACAAAAGGCACUGGAAUCUGACCGUAAUGAGCUGAUUGGGAUAAAGGGCCUGAUUUUUGUUUUUGUUUUUGAAGAUGGGUGGUUGGUUUUAAAAUUGGCGACUAAUCUUCUAUGUUUUACGGAUCUAAUACUUGAAAAAUAAACAUCUCAUUGCUCUACAAGUAGGGCUAAUGGGAAGUUUCAUUUAAACCUGUUGGUUUAAAUAUUAUUGCAGAGAACUCUAAUUAUGGGGGCAAAAUAUAGGCUUCUGUAUCAGGUUCUUGUAAAUGUAACUUCUACAUGGACGUUCUGUAAAUUCAAAUGUCACUACGAUCUUCUUGCAUUUUCUUUAAAAACACAAAGCAGAACAGGUUUUAAAAUGUGAAAAUUUGAAGCGCUAUUUUUUCAUGGACAAGAUGAAAACCUGUUGUUCUCCUAGAUAAUGUAUUUAUGAAUUGUUCGGUACAAAACUAAAUCAUCUAAUUGAAUAAAUUAGAAA